CUCGCAGGGGCUCGCACUGAUCCAAGUUAGGAGCUCUCAGCUGCUAGCCUUGGCCCAUCAUGUAAGUGCUGCCCAGGUUUCUUUGCAGAACAGUUACAAAAUUAAUCGUUUCCACUGGGAACUGCGAGCCGUGCAAUCGUCAUCGUGGUCCACAGACGAAGGUAAACGGACCUCGUUCCGAAAGAGCCCAAGUGCAUGAAGAUCGCGGCUUGUAUUUUGCACCUUUGUUGCAAAGCAAGCCCGCUGAAGCUCCGCGGCGAGGGAGAUGGAGGGAGGGAGUGAGAACGAAGGCAAAGUGUUUUGUGCCUCCCCUCCCCCCCACCAGAGCAAAGGGGAAAUGUCUAUGCCAAAAGGAGGUCCAGGUAAGAAGAAGCCGCUUCUCCGGCUGUCUAAGGAGGCAUUUGAGCAGCCUCCUCCUGCAGCUACACCCCCCAGAGACCUGGACUCCAAAGCCUGCGUUACCAUCGGAGACAAGAACUUUGAGGUGAAGGCCGAUGACCUGGAGCCGAUCGGGGAAUUGGGUAGAGGCGCGUAUGGAGUGGUGGACAAGAUGAAACAUGUGCCCAGUGGGGUGAUCAUGGCUGUCAAGAGAAUCCGUGCGACGGUGAACACACAGGAGCAGAAGCGGCUUCUUAUGGACUUGGACAUCUCGAUGAGGACGGUGGACUGCUUCUAUACCGUGACCUUCUAUGGCGCGCUGUUCAGAGAGGGUGACGUAUGGAUCUGCAUGGAACUGAUGGACACCUCACUGGAUAAGUUUUAUAAGAAGGUCCAUGAGAAGGGCAUGACCAUCCCGGAAGACAUCCUGGGCAAGAUGGCCGUCUCUAUUGUGAAAGCCUUGGAACACCUGCACAGUAACCUGUCCGUCAUCCAUCGAGACGUGAAACCCUCCAACGUCCUGAUCAAUAUGCAGGGUCAGGUGAAGAUGUGUGACUUUGGGAUCAGUGGCUACCUGGUGGACUCAGUCGCUAAAACGAUGGAUGCAGGCUGCAAGCCUUACAUGGCGCCGGAGCGGAUAAACCCAGAAACCAAUCAGAAAGGCUACAACGUCAAGUCCGAUAUCUGGAGUUUAGGAAUCACCAUGAUCGAGCUGGCUAUCCUACGCUUUCCCUACGACUCGUGGGGAACACCCUUCCAGCAGCUGAAGCAGGUGGUGGAAGAACCUUCUCCACAGCUCCCUUCAGACCGAUUCUCACCCGACUUUGUGGAUUUCACGUCAAAGUGCUUAAAGAAGGUUUCUAAAGAGCGGCCAAACUACACAGAACUCAUGCAACAUCCAUUUUUCACCUACCAUGAAUCCAAAGAGACAGACGUUGCUUGCUUUGUCAAGAUCAUCCUCGGCAACUGAACGUGCCUCCUGUUGGUGAAACUGACCUAUCGCCAAUGGGGAAAGCGGGACUAUUCCACAAAAAAGCACCAAUCGCAAGACUGACACCUGUAAGACACACCCACCUCAGCCAACAGCGCAGAGGGACUCGAGAGGCCAGGGGGUGGAGACUGAAACUAAUGGGGCUAGGUGGUUUCCUAGCAACACGUCGGACUUGGGCAGGAGACAGGAGGGGUUUGUGUGUGUGUGUGUGUGUGUGUCUGUGUGUGGAUGCAUGAGUGUGUGCCCGAAUGCAUGCGAUUUUAUGUAUGUGUGUGUGUGUGCGUGCGUGCGUGUGCUGAAGGAGGGUGUAACAAUCUGAAUUUCAUAUAUCAAAAUCUUAAAUCAUUAUUUAACAUGCCAGUCCUCUCAGUCCAAAGCCAGUUUUAACAUCAGUUGAUUUUUAAUAAAGUUCUCUGUUGAA